CCAGUUCCUGAAAACACUGAACAUGAAUACCAAGGUCUUCAUCCUCCUGGGUUUGGCAGCUAUUGCCGCUGCAGACAGCUUUGAAUCCUACGAAUACAGGCCACCAAGUCGCUCUUCUGAGUCGUACGAGUCAGGUGAAGCCAAGUACGACUUCAACUGGGCCGUCAGCCACGAUCCCUCAAGCAACGAGUUUGGACACCAGGAGGCCCGUGACGGCGACGAUACACAGGGAUCCUACUACGUGCAGCUCCCUGACGGCCGCCUGCAGACCGUCAAGUACUUCGUGGACGGCGACUCCGGCUACGUGGCUGAGGUCAACUACGAAGGCGAAGCUUCCUUCGAGUCUGGUUCAUCCGAAUCUCGGGAAUAUAGAUACGUGUACGACUCCAAUGAGUCCAAGUAAAUCACUAGUCAUGUCUGAAUUCUGGUGUGUGCUGAAGACAGCUGAAGAACUUUCUGUUUAUGCUGUACAAAUAUUUAUUGAACUAAAUAAACUAUUGUAAUGAA